AUGUCGAACAAGAAUCUACCCUCACACGAUUACUACCAAUCUCUUACUCACCUUACAUUGAGUGUAUAUAUGAAAGGAUACGGUGUGGAAGGGAUCAAGGAUAACGUGAAAGUGGAAUUUGACACGCGAAAGAUUACGAUCAAUCUUCCUCCCCUUCCCUCUGGUCCAGGAGCCGAAGGAAGGACGAUAAGUUUCGAGCCAUUGUUUGAUGAGAUUGGUACUGAGGGAAGUACGUAUAGAGUAUUGAACACCAAGAUCGAAAUCAAAGUACUUAAAAUCAAUCCUAUCAACUGGCCUUCACUCCUAUCCGAUCCAGAUUCAACAUCAACCGGCGGACCAUCCUCAUCCUCAUCCCAGAGAACUACCAUCGUAUCACCAGCACCAGCUCCUUCAGAAGCUACACCCACUCCCGCUCCUACAACCGAGGUCAAGAAGAAAGAAAAGAAGAAUUGGGAUAAAGUACUGGAAGAUGAACUUGUCGAAGAUCAAUCAGAUGACAAAGACCCUAACUCCGGAGGUGAUGCAGCCUUGCAGAAAUUCUUUUCUCAGAUAUACGGGAAUGCCGAUCCCGAUACUCGUCGAGCGAUGAUCAAGAGUUUCACAGAGAGUGGUGGGACGACUUUAUCGACCGACUGGAGUAAUAUAGGUAAAGAACGUACACCAGUGAGACCUCCUGAAGGUAUGGAAGAGAAGAAAUUGUAA